UUCUUCCCCAUCCAAAAAAAAAAAAAAACAGCUGAUAUUUUAUUUCAAACCCAGCUGACUGAGUAAAUGUCUAACAGUGAAUGGUGAGUGCCACAGAAUGAGAUUCCGAAAUUCAGCUUCGACCCAUUCGGCAGAAAGGAGUUUGCGCAGAAAACGCCACCAGGGUUACUGGCAUCGAACAGAAGACCAACAAAAGCCAAUGACGAUAACAGCAGCAGCAACAAAAACAACAACAACACCACCAAAAGAUAUCACAUGUUGAGUAAGAAUACUGCAGAAUGACAAACCGACUUGCAGGCACUUGGCCAGCCGCCUGUCGGCCACCCAACAAUGUUGUAAUACCAAUAACCUCUUUCCCUUCAUUUGAAUGUCACCCCCCUUGCGUCGCUCCGUUCCCCUCUCGUGGUGCUUCUUGGCCACAGAAAGUAAUUGGAAACUUUGUAUGUGUCAGGCAGGCCAGUAUCGAAGGAUGGGAAAAGGGGCGGGGAGGAGGAGGAUGUGUUGGGGCACAGAAAAAAAGCUUCGACCUGGUAGUACAACUGCCAAAAGCUGUGACCACCAAUUCAGUAUUAAGCGAACUGUGAGCUUAAAAAGGCAGAACCCUAAAAAUAACAACAAUUAAAUCAAUAUAAAGCCGGUUAAAGGAAAGAAAUAUAGGCAAAAAUACAUAAAUCAAUCUGUGUGUGGAAAAGCCAACGGCCAACAACAGCAGCAGCAAAAGUAAUUGGAGAAAAAUCUCUGCAAUUCGUGUGUACGUGUGUGUGCGUGUCCAUGCAAUGACAUGACAUGAAAAUAUGUUAAAAAUCUUGUGAAAUUCUCCGAUUCUCCAAAAGAAAUAAAUUCAGACUCAAUUCCUUGGGAAAAAAAGACUGACCGAACGAAUUGACUGAUUGAAAAAUUAUUACUGCAGCUGAGCCAAGCAUCCAACCAACCGAGAAAGGGGCAAAAGGCCAAGAAAAAAAUUAUAUAUCCGACACCCCUGCGUCGCUACGACACCAGAGAAAAAAAGAGUUCUUUAAAGUUUAGCAAAAAAAUCAAUAUCCGUCUAAAGUUUAUUUCGGUUUCGCCACGAAAGGAAAAUAAAUUAUUAUGAAAUAAAUACGAAAUUAUUUAUGUGAGAUUUUCUUGGAAGCCAAAACAAACCCAGGCAAGCAGAAAAAAAAUCUGGAAAAAACCAAAAAAUAAAACGAACCCCUUUAAAGCACACCUUAUUAAAGUUGUAUAAGAAGCAACAACAAAACCCAGGAUAUUUUCCAACCAAAGCCAGCAAGCAGCGAAGCAGGCAAAAAAGUCCAUUUUAUGUGUCUAAAGCUUAAGUGAUAAUAAAAACCAAAUUAGUAAAUUCGUAAAACCAAAAAAAUAAUAAAAAAUAUAUUCAAUUGCCUAAACGCUUUAACGCUAGUCGAAAAGAAAAUAUAUACGUAAAAGCCGAAGCUAAGCAUCAGCAGCCGCAGCCAAAAAAAAAAACCAACAACAAAAAAUUAAUGCUUUUUCUUCUCCAUCCAUUGUAAGACAAUUUUGCAAAGUUUUUUUUUUGUCGAUAAAUUAAAGCCAGAAAAACACCAGCAUAAUUGUAAUUCUAAUAUAGAAAAAAAAUCCAAAAUCCAACAAGAAUAUCAGCUUAAAACUAAGAUUUACAAAUUUUAAAUGAUAUUUAGCAGCCAAUACUUUAUAAAGAAAACCAACAAAUCCAACAUCAUUCAAUGAACAACUAAACCAAAACAGCAGCAGUACUUAACCAAAAGCAAAAACAAAACCAAAAAAAACCGAAAAAAAUAUUCAUGCAAAUUUUGAAAAACAAUUUCAAUUAAAAUCUCCAAUCAGCAAAUCUCCCAGAGAAAACCAAAACCAAAAAAUAAUUUCCAUUGAACAAAACAGAAAAAAAUUUUAAAAAAGAUUAAUUAGAAACUAAGAAGUCCAGUUUUUUGAGAUUAAUAAACAAAAUCACGCCAUUUACAAAAAAAACCCAAAAAAAAAGAAAGAAAAAAAUUAACACUUCAAACUAAAAGCAACAGCAAAGUUAAGCUUCAUAACGAAAACCAAAAAAAAAAAAAAAUAAAUCGCAUAUUAAAGAAAAGUGAAGUGAAUUUUCCGAAAAGAGAAAGAAAAACUCCCUGCAAAGCUCUUUCCAGUCGAAGAGAGCGAGCAAAUCCUCUGCAAACGCCAAACUUUGCAAGAGAGCCCAAUCCAGAGCGAGUGUGUGUGCGCGCCAGUGAGUAGCAGCCAAGUGUCUUGUGUGCGGCAUACUGCAACAAUUUGUGGCAACUUGGCAAGCAGUCUGCCCCAACAAUUGCCGCAGAUCGCAACCCAAAGCAAGCAAACCAAAGAAGAACAAUCUCUUCAGUAUUACCAAAGCGGACACACCAAGUGUUAAUCCACAAAAAAAAAAAAAAAACAAAAAAACAAAACAAAUUUAAUUUAAAAUAAAUCCAUGUGAAAUUGUAAAUUUCACAAAAUUUGUAAAAAAAAAGAGCAAAGAAAAUUCAAUUUUCUUGAGUGUACAAAAACAAAAGUAUUUUGAAAGAAACGUUUUUUUAAAAAAAGAACUGAACAAAGACUGAUGGUUUGAAAUUACUUUCCCAAGGGAAAUAAAUUGUUGAAAUAUUGUGUUAAGCAAAGCAAAGGAGGGAACCCCACUCUCCCUCUCUCUGUAUCUCAGUGAGCAAAUCUCCUAACGGUUGAUGUUUUCAAGUCAAACGGAAUUGUGAGAUUGUGAUUUUGGAAAUCCAAAAAAGAAAAACAGAAAACCAAGCCAUAAAAGACAAUUCAACGUUCCUCAAUAGCUUUGUGAGCAAGUGCAAGCGGUUUUUUUGCUAAGAACAACUUAAAACUUCGUUAAGAACGAUCUGUGAUGAGCGAUCAGGUGAAAAUGAAUGGCAAUGGAGGUGGUGACUCGGCCGCCGCUGCCGCCGCCAUUGACCCUCAUAAUGGCAAUCCUCAGGAAACUACUGUGGACUCUGCGGCCAAUGGCAGUGUCGAUGUGGCCAAUGGCAAUGGUGGUGUGGCCCAACAGCCGCAGAGUUUGGAUUUAAGUGGAGCCGGUACUGCUGGUGGUAGUGGUGUUGGAGGAGGUGUGGCUGCUGCUGCUGCAGGCGGAGAUGCCGCUUCGAUGGCUGGUGACGAUGCUGGCACCGAUGCCGGGGCCAGCUCUAUACCACCCUCGGAAGCUGGUGGUCGUCCACCCCUGGAUACGGUGGGCUCUGAAGGUGGCGGUCCUUCGAGCAUGGGUGGCAUGGUUGGUCCACCAAGUCCUUUAACCGGUUGUUAUUUAUUGAUCAUUUUGGGUGAGCCGCAUUCGGAGGAGCAUAAGGAUAAUAUCUUGCAGCAUUUGCUAAAGGGUUUCCUCUCAUGGGACGUAGCUGAUUGUCAUGUCGAUUUGGAAGAGGAACUGAAUACCAUAACCAAACAUGCACCCGAGGGAGAGGAAGCACGUUAUGGCGAACGACUCAUUCAGUACGCUAGCGAGAAUCUAGUCACUGAAGUUUUGAUACAUCCCCAGUACAAUACUCUUAUACAAUGUAUGCGCAACAUGUUGAGCAGCUUCACCAGGCAUCGUCACAUCAUCCACGCUGGUUAUACCUUUUCCGGCAAUGGUUCCUGGAUACUACAGGAUGGAACCUUUUCGGUUGGUGACUUUGCCGAAGCUUUUCAAGAACAUGAUGUCCAGAGAGUUAUUCGAGCUUAUGCCGAUACCAUCACCAUGAACAUCCACUGUGCUGACGCUGGCCUCUGGCACACAUUGCCCGACAAAAGCUAUGCUCGCCUCUGCAAGAUCCGCAUUAAUCCCGUUGACGUUUUAGACACCAGCAGUGAGAGCAUCAAUGCUUUUAUAGAUUACUUGGCGCCCAUGCUGGUGCCCACCUCCAUACGUGAGCUACUCGAGACCUCAGACGUUGUUGGCAACAUACGCUUUACCCACCCCACGCUUUAUGUCUUCCCCGGCGGCCAGGGUGAUGCCGCCCUCUUCGGGAUCAACGGCUUCAAUAUGUUAGUCGAUGGUGGCUUCAAUCGCAAAGCCUGCUUUUGGGAUUUUGUUCGCCAUUUGGAUCGCCUGGAUGCUGUGCUCAUGACCCGCCUCAACAACAGCAACAUCCAGGGUCUCAGUUCGGUGGUCGAGCGCAAACGCGAUGCCCCCGUCUAUCCCCAAAUUGGCCACUUCUUUUCCAACAUACCCGACCGCAAGGGUGGCUUGCCCAGUCCCGACGGCGACAAGGAUCGCAAUCCCCUGUUGAUAGAUCUCUUCGAGAGAGGCCAUAAUCUAGUCAGUGACUUAAAGUCGUUAGAUUUAAAACCCCAAACCUGUUACAGAGCACCCGAACCCAUCAACCUGUACCACAAGGUGGGACACGGCACCUUGGACAUGUACGUGAUAAGUCCCUCGCGUGAUUCACGCGAAGUCAAGGAAUUCCUGCAGAAGUGGAACUCGGGCGAUCAGCGCCUAUUUGCCGCCCGAGACUCCAAGGACUUCAAUUUCCCCCUCCAAAAUCUGGUUUCGAUUUGUGCCCUGCUCGUCUGGCAGCCAGCCAAUCCCGAUGAUACCAUCACCCGUAUCCUCUUCCCCGGCUCCACACCCGACUACAAGAUCCAAGAGGGUCUGGAGAAAAUCAAACACCUGGAAUUUAUGAAGCACUCAACCUGCACUGCCAAAUCAAUUGCACCUGCCAUUCAGACUGUCGUGACCACCCGCAAAACUCUCAAGUCUGCCAUCGAGCCAUCAGGACCAAUCAUGCCCUCGAAGCCGGGCAGGUUUGUGCCUCCAGCAGCAACAGCGGCCACUCUGGCCACCAUGCAGCAGCAAGACAACAAAAUGAAGGAAUCGGUCUCCUCGGUGGUGGCCGAAGAGGAGAAGAUUGAGAAAAUCUACCAGGAGGAAGAGAAAAUGGCUGCCUUCAAAAAGAAGGAAGAUUCAAUCGAAACCGCCGAUGAACAGGCUGUCGAAACUGGCGACGAAGCGAUGCCUGAACAAGUGGCAGAAACAACCAGCAAAGAAGAGGAGGACCAAGUGGACCAGGCCAUAGAGGCCGAGGUGGACAACAAGGAGAGUACGGAGAAAAAGGUUGAGGUUGUCAUUGUCAAACCUCAACCCCAGGCUCCACCACCUGCCAAGGAGAUCAUUGAAACAGCCGAGCCCAUAAAACCCGCCAAACCCAUCAAGGCCAAGGCAGACAAACCCAGAGCCGAGGUUAAGCCCUUGGUGCGCUCACGCAUCGACACACGGCCACCCAAGUCAAUGGAACGCAAGGUUGUCAAGAAGGACGAAAAGAAGAGCUCGCCCACGGCAACGCCACGAAAACAAGAUUCUGCCAAACCACCAACCAGGGAAGUGAAGGCCAAGGUUGGAAGUCGUCCAGCUAAAGCCAGUCCCAGCAGUACGCCGGCCAAGAGUGCCAAAGAGGCCAACAACCGCAAGGUCUUCGAAUCCAAGCAACAGUCCAUUCGCCAGACCUCAACCACCACCAGCACCCGAAGAGAAACAACCCGCUCCACAGUUAGCAGCACCGAAAAGCGGGAAACCAAGACAGCUGAGCCCCGCAAGCCAAUCUCCAGGAGGCCACGUGGUGCAUCGCCUUCGAAGCGCGCUCCUGGCAGCCCUGUCAAAGCUGUCAAGCCCAAAGCUGCCGACCUCAAGAAAGCCCGCCUGGACAAGGGAGGCACCACAGACUCCAGCCUGGUGUCAACACCAUCCGCCGAUGAUGCCGCUGCUGCCAAAAAGCUCCAAGAGCUUACCGCCUCCCAGGAGUUGGAUGUGGAGAAACAACGUGAACUGGACGACCUCAAGGAGGAACAGGAGGUGGUGAGAGAAAUUGAAGCCGUCUUCUCGCGUGACGAAAUGAAACGGCAUCAACAAAUCAAGGCUGAGAUCCGUGAGGUCACCAAGCAGGAUAGUACCACAGAAGCCGAGGAAGACGAUGAGUACUUGAUCAUCGAAAAGGAGGAAAUCACCGAGGACUCCAUCGUCGAACAGGAGGAGAGCAGUGUUACCAAAGAGGAGGAGAUUCAAAAGCACCAGCGAGACUCUCAAGAAUCCGAAAAGAAACGCAAACGCAGCGCAGAAGAAGAAAUCGAAGCUGCCAUAGCCAAGGUCGAAGCCGAAGAGCGCAAGGCCAAGUUGGAGACCGAACCAAGCGCCCCUCCUCCAGAAAGUCCUGAGCCCGAUGAAACAGCCCAAGAAGUGGAAGCUGACGACGAAGCCGAGGCCGAAGCCAAAGAAGAAGCUGAAGUGGCCGAAAAGGAAAUUGAAGCCGACGCUGAUGCAGAUACCAAGCUGGAACUCACGACCGCCGUCGAAACAGAAAUCAAGGCUGAAGUCCAAGAAAUCAUCACCACAGCCAAAGAAAUUGUUACCUCUAAAACUGAUGAACAUUUGGCCAAGACAGAGGAGGACAUUUCUUCGGUUACGCCAGACGAACGCAUCAGCAGUGCCAAAAAGACUUCCGACACCAAGGACGACUUGGUGGGCUUGCCAGUUGAAGUAAUUCCAGCCAACUUGCAGGAAAGCCUGCCCGAAGAAAGAUUCUCGGCCACAAUAGAAUCGGGUGCCACCACAGCCCCCACUCUACCUGAGGAUGAACGCAUCCCACUCGAUGAAAUCAAGGAAGACCUGGCCAUUGAAGAGAAAUACGUCAAAGAAGAAACCAAAGAAGUUGAAGCCGUUGUUGCCUCGGUCAGUGCCCUGACGUCCAUCAUUCCCCCAUCGGAAACCAGUGCCGAACCAAAGGAAAUUCUAGCUCAGAAAUAUACCGACCGUAUUGUGGCUGGUAUUGGCACCGCCGAGCGCAUCUUACCCAUCAAAAUGGCCUACGAUUCGCAACAGAUGCGAGACGUUGUCAAAACUCCCGAUGAGGUCGCUGACCUGCCUAUGCACGAAGAAGCCGAUAUGGGUCUGUACGAAAAGGACGCGCAGGAAUCAGGCAAGUCCAUUUCCCACAAAGAGGAACUGGCCAAAGAAGAAAAAGAGGAAGAAGAAAAGGUCACCGAAAUCGAAGAGGAAGACGAAGAAGCUGAUGAAGCAGAAAAGGACACGAAAGUGACUAAAGAAGACGAUGAAGAGGCCCAAGAAACCGUAACAGCCGUCCAACAGGAAGAUGAGACUAAAGACCAAGUUCCUUCCCCAACAGACAAAGGCCCAGCCUCUCCAGGUGACGCUAAAAAAAUAGUCGAGGAAGACGAGUCUCGAGAUGUCGAAGAAACCGCCGUUGAGGUGAGGGAAGAAAUCACCGUCGUGAAGGUAGCCGAAGUCAAGGAGGCAAAGAAACCUUUAGCAUCGCCUGAAGAGAAGGAAGUUAGCGAAAUUACCUCGGAAGAUGAAAUCCCCGCCCAAAUGCCCUCAUCAAAGGCCAGGAAAGAGGAAAAGUUAGAGGACACCGUCUCCGUCGAAAGUCCCCCAACAAUUGAGGAAGCCAUUGAAGUUGAAGUGCAAAAGUCCUUGCAAGGAAGUCGCAAGCCAUCCGUGGAGACAUCCAAGAAACCCUCAGCUGAAGUUUCCAAAGAAACCUCGCGUCGAGAAUCUGUCUCAGAAAAAACAGCCGCAUCUAAGGAAACUUCAAGACCUGAAUCUGUAGUCGACGAGGACAAGUCGAUGCAAGAAUCUAAGGAGCACUCACGACGCGAAUCCGUAGCUGAUGCCGAAAAGAUAGCCAAGUCAAAGGAACCUUCUGAGAGCGCUUCAGUCGGUGAAGCUUCCCGCAAGAGUUCAGUCGAAGAAAGUGAAAAGGCCAAGAUGUCUGGAGCAGCGUCAAGGGAGCCAUCCCGACCUGCUUCAGUAACUGAAAGUGAUAAACAGGAAAAAUCUGUUGUGGAAAGCGAGAAGGCAGACCUUACCGUGGUUUCACGAAAAACUUCGGUUAUAGAGACUGAAAAGGAACAGACGAUAGCAUCUGCUGAGGUAUCGGAAGAGCCAUCCGAGGCGGCUUCGGCAGCUGUCAGUGAAAAGGAUGACAAAUCACCCAUAGCUUCCAGGAAACCAUCUACUGUGGCUGAAAGCGAGAAGGAAUCGAAAGAACAUUCCAGACCUACAUCCGUCGCCGAAAGCAAAGAGGAGGAGCAGGAUGUGGAAUCGACCAUUGCUUCAAGAAAGGUAUCUGUGGUGGAGAGUGUCAAGGAUGCCAAGCCUGCCGACGAAUCCAAGGCACCAUCAGAGGCUGUGUCAGCCGCUGUUAGUGAAAAGGAUGAAAAAUCGCCAAUAGUCUCCAGGAAGCCCUCUGUGGCGGAGAGUGUCAAAGAUUCUAAGUCGGCCGAAGAAUCAAAGGCACCAUCGGAAGCAGCUGUUAGUGAAAAGGAUGAGAAGUCACCAACAGUCUCCAGGAAGCCAUCUGUGGUGGAAAGUGUCAAGGAUACCAAGUCAGCCGAAGAAUCAAAGAUGCCUUCGGAAGCGGUGUCAGCAGCUGUUAGUGAAAAGGAUGAGAAGUCUCCAGCAGCCUCCAGGAAGCCAUCUGUGGUGGACAGUGUCAAAGAUGCCAAGUCAGCCGAAGAAUCAAAGGCACCUUCGGAAGCAGCUGUUAGUGAAAAGGAUGAGAAGUCUCCAACAGUCUCCAGGAAGCCUUCCGUUGCAGAAAGCGAAAAGAAAUCUGCUGAAGAGUCUAAAGAACCAUCGCGGCCAACUUCCGUCACUGAAAGCAAAGAAGAAGAUAAAUCUCCAACCAUUUCUGUAGUGGAGAGUGUCAAGGAUGCCAAGUCGGCCGGGGAAUCAAAGGCACCAUCGGAAACUGUGUCAGCAGCUGUUAGUGAAAAGGAUGAAAAGUCACCAACAGUUUCCAGGAAGCCAUCUGUGGUGGAGAGUGUCAAAGAUGCCAAGUCAGCCGAAGAAUCAAAGGCACCUUCGGAAACUGUGUCAGCAGCUGUUAGUGAAAAGGAUGAAAAGUCACCAACAGUUUCCAGGAAGCCAUCUGUGGUGGAGAGUGUCAAAGAUGCCAAGUCAGCCGAAGAAUCAAAGGCACCAUCGGAAACUGUGUCAGCAGCUGUUAGUGAAAAGGAUGAGAAGUCUCCAACAGUCUCCAGGAAGCCUUCCGUUGCAGAAAGCGAAAAGAAAUCUGCUGAAGAGUCUAAAGAACCAUCGCGGCCAACUUCCGUCACCGAAAGCAAGGAGGAAGAGAAAUCUCCAACUGUUUCUAGAAAAGAAUCUGUGGUGGAAAGUGUCAAGGACGCCAAGUCGACCGAAGGAUCUAAGGCACCAUCGGAAGCUGUGUCGGCCGCUGUUAGUGAAAAGGAUGAGAAGUCACCAUCAGUCUCCAGAAAGCCAUCGGUGGUGGAAAGUAUCAAGGAGGCUUCAAAAGAGCCGUCGGAGGCUGCCGUAAGUGACAAAGAUGAGAAGCCCCCAACUAUCUCCAGAAAACCAUCCGUUACCGAUGGUGAAAAGAAAUCCGCAGAAGAAACAAAAGAAUCUUCUCGACCCACUUCCGCAGCUGAAAGCAAGGAGGGAGAGAAAUCUCCAAUUCUGUCGAGAAAAGAAUCUCCAAUCGAAAGUGUAAGGUUAACUGAAUCAUUUAAAGAGCUAUCAACGCCAGGACACACAACUAUCAGCCAUGAGGGUGAGAAAUCUCCCCUUGCAUCAAGGAAGCCUUCUGUAGCUGAGAGCGAAAAGAAAUCGGCUGAGGAAUCUAAGGAAGCUUCCCGACCAACAUCAGUCGCCGAAAGCAAAGAAGAAGAUGAGAAAUCUCCUCUUGCAUCACGGAAGGCUUCAGUGGCUGAGAGCGAAAAGAAAUCGGCUGAGGAAUCUAAGGAAGCCUCCCGACCAACAUCAGUCGCCGAAAGCAAAGAAGAAGAUGAGAAAUCUCCUCUUGCAUCAAGGAAGCCUUCAGUGGCUGAGAGCGAAAAGAAAUCCGUCGACGAAUCCAAAGAAGUUUCUCGACCAACAUCAGUUGCCGAAAGCAAAGAGGAAGAGAAAUCUCCUCUUGCAUCACGGAAGCCUUCAGUGGCUGAAAUCGAAAAGAAAUCAGCUGAGGAAUCUAAGGAAGCUUCCCGACCAACAUCAGUUGCCGAAAGCAAAGAGGAAGAGAAAUCUCCUCUUGCAUCAAGGAAGCCUUCAGUGGCUGAGAGCGAAAAGAAAUCCGUCGACGAAUCCAAAGAAGUUUCUCGACCAACAUCAGUUGCCGAAAGCAAAGAGGAAGAGAAAUCUCCUCUUGCAUCACGGAAGCCUUCAGUAGCUGAAAGCGAAAAGAAAUCAGCUGAGGAAUCUAAGGAAGCUUCCCGACCAACAUCAGUCGCCGAAAGCAAAGAGGAAGAGAAAUCUCCUCUUGCAUCAAGGAAGGUUUCAGUGGCUGACAGCGAAAAGAAAUCGGCCGAGGAAUCUAAGGAAGCCUCCCGACCAACAUCAGUUUCCGAAAGCAAAGAAGAAGAAGAGAUAUCCCCUGUUGCAUCAAGGAAGGCUUCAGUGGCUGAGAGCGAAAAGAAAUCCGUCGACGAAUCCAAAGAAGUUUCUCGACCAACAUCAGUUGCCUCAAGCAAAGAGGAAGAGAAAUCUCCUCUUGCAUCACGGAAGCCUUCAGUGGCUGAGAGCGAAAAGAAAUCAGCUGAGGAAUCUAAGGAAGCUUCCCGACCAACAUCAGUCGCCGAAAGCAAAGAGGAAGAGAAAUCUCCUCUUGCAUCAAGGAAGCCUUCAGUGGCUGAGAGCGAAAAGAAAUCACCUGAGGAAUCUAAGGAAGCUUCCCGACCAACAUCAGUCGCCGAAAGCAAAGAAGAAGAUGAGAAAUCUCCUCUUGCAUCUAAGGAAGCUUCCCGACCAACAUCAGUCGCCGAAAGCAAAGAAGAAGAUGAGAAAUCUCCUCUUGCAUCAAGGAAGCCUUCUGUGGCUGAGAGCGAAAAGAAAUCCGUCGACGAAUCCAAAGAAGUUUCUCGACCAACAUCAGUCGCCGAAAGCAAAGAGGAAGAGAAAUCUCCUCUUGCAUCAAGGAAGCCUUCUGUAGCCGAGAGCGAAAAGAAAUCCGUCGACGAAGCCAAAGAAGCUUCUCGACCAACAUCAGUUGCCGAAAGCAAAGAGGUAGAAAAAUCUCCUCUUGCAUCAAGGAAGCCUUCUGUAGCUGAGAGCGAAAAGAAAUCAGCAGAGGAAUCUAAGGAAGCCUCUCGACCAACAUCAGUUGCCGAAAGCAAAGAGGAAGAGAAAUCUCCUCUUGCAUCAAGGAAGCCUUCUGUAGCUGAGAGCGAAAAGAAAUCAGCAGAGGAAUCUAAGGAAGCCUCUCGACCAACAUCAGUUGCCGAAAGCAAAGAAGAAGAAGAGAAAUCCCCUGUUGCAUCAAGGAAGGCUUCAGUGGCUGAGAGCGAAAAGAAAUCCGUUGACGAAUCCAAAGAAGCUUCUCGGCCAACAUCAGUUGCCGAAAGCAAAGAAGAGGGAGAGACAUCUCUUCUAGCAUCAAGGAAGCCUUCUGUAGCUGAGAGCGAAAAGAAAUCAGCAGAGGAAUCUAAGGAAGCCUCCCGACCAACAUCCGUCGCCGAAAGCAAAGAAGAAGAGAAAUCUCCUGUUGCAUCAAGGAAGCCUUCAGUGGCUGAGAGCGAAAAGAAAUCGGGCGAGGAAUCCAAAGAAGCUUCCCGACCAACAUCAGUUGCCUCAAGCAAAGAGGAAGAGAAAUCUCCUGUUGCAUCAAGGAAGCCUUCAGUGGCUGAGAGCGAAAAGAAAUCGCCUGAGGAAACUAAGGAAGCCUCCCGACCAACAUCAGUCGCUGAAAGCAAAGAAGAAGAUGAGAAAUCACCUCUUGCAUCAAGGAAGCCUUCAGUGGCUGAGAGCGAAAAGAAAUCGGCUGAGGAAUCUAAGGAAGCCACCCGACCAACAUCAGUCGCCGAAAGCAAAGAGGAAGAAAAAUCUCCCCUUGCAUCAAGAAAGGCUUCAGUGGCUGAGAGCGAAAAGAAAUCCGUCGACGAAUCCAAGGAAGCCUCCCGACCAACAUCAGUUGCUGAAAGCAAAGAAGAGGAAGAUAAAUCUCCUUUUGCAUCAAGGAAGCCUUCAGUGGCUGAGAGCGAAAAGAAAUCGACUGAAGAAUCUAAGGAAGCCUCCCGACCAACAUCAGUUGCCGAAAGCAAAGAGGAAGAGAAAUCUCCCCUUGCAUCAAGAAAGGCUUCAGUGGCUGAGAGCGAAAAGAAAUUUGCCGAGGAAUCCAAAGAAGCUUCCCGACCAACAUCAGUUGCCGAAAGCAAAGAGGAAGAUGAGAAAUCUCCUCUUGCAUCAAGGAAGCCUUCAGUGGCUGAGAGCGAAAAGAAAUCCGUUGACGAAUCCAAAGAAGCUUCCCGACCAACAUCUGUUGCCGAAAGCAAAGAAGAGGUAGAGACAACUGCUCUUUCUUCAAGGAAGCCUUCUGUAGCUGAGAGCGAAAAGAAAUCGGCUGAUGAAUCUAAGGAAGCCUCCCGACCAACAUCAGUCGCCGAAAGCAAAGAGGGAGAGAAAUCUCCUCUUGCAUCAAGGAAGGCUUCAGUGGCUGAGAGCGAAAAGAAAUCGGCUGAGGAAUCCAAAGAAGCUUCCCGACCAACAUCUGUAGCUGAAAGCAAAGACGAAGAGAAAUCUCCUCUUGCAUCAAGGAAGGCAUCAGUGGCUGAGAGCGAAAAGAAAUCGGCUGAGGAAUCCAAAGAAGCUUCCCGACCAACAUCAGUUGCCGAAAGCAAAGAGGAAGAGAAAUCUCCCCUUGCAUCAAGAAAGGCUUCAGUGGCUGAGAGCGAGAAGAAAUCGGCUGAGGAAUCUAAAGAGCAAUCCCGACCAACAUCAGUUGCCGAAAGCAAAGAGGAAGAGAAAUCUCCUCUUGCAUCAAGGAAGCCUUCAGUGGCUGAGAGCGAAAAGAAAUCCGUCGACGAAUCCAAAGAAGCUUCCCGACCAACAUCAGUUGCUGAAAGCAAAGAGGAAGAGAAAUCUCCUGUUGCGUCAAGGAAGCCAUCUGUAGCUGAGAGCGAAAAGAAAUCGGCCGAGGAAUCCCAAGAAGCUACCCGACCAACAUCAGUUGCCGAAAGCAAAGAGGAAGAGAAAUCUCCUCUUGCAUCCAGGAAGGCUUCAGUGGCUGAGAGCGAAAAGAAAUCGGCUGAGGAAUCUAAGGAAGAAUCCCGACCAACAUCAGUCGCCGAAAGCAAAGAGGAAGAGAAAUCUCCUGUUGCGUCAAGGAAGGCUUCAGUGGCUGAGAGCGAAAAGAAAUCGGCCGAGGAAUCCAAAGAAGCUUCCCGACCAACAUCAGUUGCCGAAAGCAAAGAUGAAGAGAAAUCUCCUCUUGCAUCAAGGAAGCCUUCAGUGGCUGAGAGCGAAAAGAAAUCACCUGAGGAAUCUAAGGAAGCCUCCCGACCAACAUCAGUCGCUGAAAGCAAAGAAGAAGAUGAGAAAUCACCUCUUGCAUCAAGGAAGCCUUCAGUGGCUGAGAGCGAAAAGAAAUCGGUUGAGGAAUCUAAGGAAGCCACCCGACCAACAUCAGUCGCCGAAAGCAAAGAGGAAGAGAAAUCUCCCCUUGCAUCAAGAAAGGCUUCAGUGGCUGAGAGCGAAAAGAAAUCGGCCGAGGAAUCCAAAGAAGCUUCCCGACCAACAUCAGUUGCCGAAAGCAAAGAGGAAGAGAAAUCUCCUCUUGCAUCAAGGAAGGCUUCAGUAGCCGAGGGCGAAAAGAAAUCGGCCGAGGAAUCCAAAGAAGCUUCCCGGCCAACAUCAGUUGCCGAAAGCAAAGAGGAAGAGAAAUCUCCUCUUGCAUCAAGGAAGCAUUCAGUGGCUGAGAGCGAAAAGAAAUCCGUCGACGAAUCCAAAGAAGCUUCCCGACCAACAUCAGUUGCUGAAAGCAAAGAGGAAGAGAAAUCUCCUGUUGCGUCAAGGAAGCCAUCUGUAGCUGAGAGCGAAAAGAAAUCGGCCGAGGAUUCCCAAGAAGCUGCCCGACCAACAUCAGUUGCCGAAAGCAAAGAGGAAGAGAAAUCUCCUCUUGCAUCCAGGAAGCCUUCAGUGGCUGAGAGCGAAAAGAAAUCGGCUGAGGAAUCUAAGGAAGAAUCCCGACCAACAUCAGUCGCCGAAAGCAAAGAGGAAGAGAAAUCUCCUGUUGCGUCAAGGAAGGCUUCAGUAGCUGAGAGCGAAAAGAAAUCACCUGAGGAAUCUAAGGAAGCCUCCCGACCAACAUCAGUCGCCGAAAGUAAAGAGGAAGAUAAAUCUCCUCUUGCAUCACGAAAGCCUUCAGUGGCUGAGAGCGAAAAGAAAUCGGUUGAGGAAUCCAAAGAAUCUUCCCGACCAACAUCAGUCGCCGAAAGCAAAGAGGAUGAAAAGUCUCCCCUUGCAUCAAGAGAGGCUUCAGUGGCUGAGAGCGAAAAGAAAUCCGUUGACGAAUCCAAGGAAGCCUCCCGACCAACAUCAGUCGCCGAAAGCAAAGAAGAAGAUGAAAAAUCACCUCUUGCAUCAAGGAAGCCUUCUGUGGCUGAGAGCGAAAAGAAAUCGGCUGAAGAAUCUAAGGAAGCCUCCCGACCAACAUCAGUCGCCGAAAGUAAAGAGGAAGAUAAAUCUCCUCUUGCAUCACGAAAGCCUUCAGUGGCUGAGAGCGAAAAGAAAUCGGUUGAGGAAUCCAAAGAAGCUUCCCGACCAACAUCAGUCGCCGAAAGCAAAGAGGAUGAAAAGUCUCCCCUUGCAUCAAGAAAGGCUUCAGUGGCUGAGAGCGAAAAGAAAUCCGUUGACGAAUCCAAGGAAGCCUCCCGACCAACAUCAGUCGCCGAAAGCAAAGAGGAAGAGAAAUCUCCUGUUGCAUCAAGGAAGGCUUCAGUGGCUGAGAGCGAAAAGAAAUCGGCCGAGGAAUCCAAAGAAGCUUCCCGACCAACAUCAGUUGCCGAAAGCAAAGAGGAAGAGAAAUCUCCUCUUGCAUCACGGAAGCCUUCAGUGGCUGAGAGCGAAAAGAAAUCGGUUGAGGAAUCCAAAGAAGCUUCCCGACCAACAUCAGUCGCCGAAAGCAAAGAAGAAGAAAAGUCUCCCCUUGCAUCAAGAAAGGCUUCAGUGGCUGAGAGCGAAAAGAAAUCCGUUGACGAAUCCAAGGAAGCCUCCCGACCAACAUCAGUCGCCGAAAGCAAAGAGGAAGAGAAAUCUCCUGUUGCAUCAAGGAAGGCUUCAGUGGCUGAGAGCGUAAAGAAAUCGGCCGAGGAAUCCAAAGAAGCUUCCCGACCAACAUCAGUUGCCGAAAGCAAAGAGGAAGAGAAAUCUCCUCUUGCAUCCAGGAAGGCUUCAGUGGCUGAGAGCGAAAAGAAAUCCGUCGACGAGUCCAAGGAAGCUUCCCGACCAACAUCCGUCGCCGAAAGCAAAGAGGAAGAGAGAUCUCCUCUUGCAUCAAGGAAGCCUUCAGUGGCUGAGAGCGAAAAGAAAUCCGUCGACGAGUCCAAGGAAGCUUCCCGACCAACAUCAGUCGUCGAAAGCAAAGAGGAAGAGAGAUCUCCUCUUGCAUCAAGGAAGCCAUCUGUAGCUGAGAGCGAAAAGAAAUCGGCUGAGGAAUCUAAGGAAGCCUCCCGACCAACAUCAGUUGCCGAAAGCAAAAAGGAGGAGGAAUCUCCUGUUGCAUCAAGGAAGACUUCAGUGGCUGAGAGUGAAAAGAAAUCCGUCGACGAAUCCAAAGAAGCUUCCCGACCAACAUCAGUCGCCGAAAGUAAAGAGGAAGAGAAAUCUCCUCUUGAAUCAGGGAAGGCUUCAGUGGCUGAGAGCGAAAAGAAAUCGGCUGAUGAAUCUAAAGAAGCCUCCCGACCAACAUCAGUCGCCGAAAGCAAAGAGGAAGAGAAAUCUCCUGUUACAUCAAGGAAGCCUUCAGUGGCUGAGAGCGGAAAGAAAUCCGUUGACGAAUCCAAAGAAGCUUCCCGACCAACAUCUGUUGCCGAAAGCAAAGAAGAGGUAGAGACAACUCCUCUUUCUUCAAGGAAGCAUUCUGUAGCUGAGAGCGAAAAGAAAUCGGCUGAUGAAUCUAAGGAAGCCUCCCGACCAACAUCAGUCGCCGAAAGCAAAGAGGGAGAGAAAUCUCCUCUUGCAUCAAGAAAGGCUUCAGUGGCUGAGAGCGAAAAGAAAUCGGCUGAGGAAUCUAAGGAAGCCUCCCGACCAACAUCAGUUGCCGAAAGCAAAAAGGAGGAGGAAUCUCCUGUUGCAUCAAGGAAGACUUCAGUGGCUGAGAGUGAAAAGAAAUCCGUCGACGAAUCCAAAGAAGCUUCCCGACCAACAUCAGUCGCCGAAAGCAAAGAAGAGGAAGAUAAAUCUCCUCUUGCAUCAAGGAAGCCAUCUGUAGCUGAGAGCGAAAAGAAAUCCGUCGACGAGUCCAAGGAAGCUUCCCGACCAACAUCAGUCGCCGAAAGCAAAGAGGAAGAGAAAUCUCCUCUUGCGUCAAGGAAGCCAUCUGUAGCUGAGAGCGAAAAGAAAUCGGCUGAGGAAUCUAAGGAAGCCUCCCGACCAACAUCAGUUGCCGAAAGCAAAGAGGAAGAGAAAUCUCCUGUUACAUCAAGGAAGCCUUCAGUGGCUGAGAGCGAAAAGAAAUCCGUCGACGAGUCCAAGGAAGCUUCCCGACCAACAUCAGUUGCCGAAAGCAAAGAGGAAGAGAAAUCUCCCCUUGCAUCAAGGAAGCCUUCUGUAGCUGAGAGCGAAAAGAAAUCGGCUGAUGAAUCUAAGGAAGCCUCCCGACCAACAUCAGUCGCCGAAAGCAAAGAGGGAGAGAAAUCUCCUCUUGCAUCAAGAAAGGCUUCAGUGGCUGAGAGCGAAAAGAAAUCGGCUGAGGAAUCCAAAGAAGCUUCCCGACCAACAUCAGUUGCCGAAAGCAAGGAAGCAGAAGAGAAAUCUCCACUUGCAUCAAGAAAGGCUUCAGUGGCUGAGAGCGAAAAGAAAUCAGCUGAGGAAUCUAAGGAAGCCUCCCGGCCAACUUCUGUCGCUGAGAGCAAGGAAGAAGUGAAAUCCCCUGUCGCUGUUAGUGGUUUGACACUAAAGACGGUUUAUCCCGUCAUCAUUGACACCAUUUCUUCUCCCAUUGAUGAAGCUGCCAAAGAUUUAGACGAUGGCAAGCGUAAAAAAGAAGACUUUUCUUUAGAUCUCAGGAUUGGCGAUAAAGAAGACAAAUUGCCAACUUCUUCUAGCCCCGUAGAUGUUGCUGAAGGCGAUUUUCCACCUACCAGCGAAGACAAGGGCUCAGAACACCAUGCCGAUGUUGAUAUCUCCGCCACUGUUUCAUCACCAGUUGACAAGGCCGAUGGUUUCAGCGAAGAAAUUGAAAAGCUUGUUUCCUCUCAGAAGACUUCUCCUUCGGAACAAAUUUCUCCCGGCCACAUUGAAACCGUUUCCUCGCCAAUCGAUGAUGCCUUGAAAAUCACUGAAGAAGUCAUUGCCAAAAAAGAGGAGUUCUCAUUGCAGCUCACCUCUACUGAUGCCCUUGGCCACUUGCCAACAUCCUCAAGUCCGGUUGAUGUUGCCGAAGGUGAUUUUGAGAAAGAGGCAGAGAAAUUGGAUGAUAAACCUGAUUUAAAAUUCGAUGUCAAGGAUACAGCGUCUACCCCUGUUGACGAGGCCGCCGAACCAAGUGUCGUGGCUGACGUGAAGAAGCAAGAAGAUUCGCCAUCUCCAAAAUCGAAGGGCUUGUUCGAAUCGAUAACAGGAAUGGUUAAGGACAUCUUCACCAAAGAAACUGGAACUGUCGAUGAGGCUGUCACUGCCAUUGAAUCAUCUGUCGAUCAGUUGGGCAAGGACAUUGCUAAGAAGACCGAAGAGAUCAGUGAAACUGAACUUGCUAUCGAAUCAAGGAUUGAAGAUGUCAAAGACCAUGCCAAGUCGUUACUGGACAUUUCCUCCAAACUUGAUAUUCUCAAAGAUUCAGCAGCUCAUGCUGCCGAGGUUGUUGGCGAAAAAGCGGUCGAAGUUGAAGAAAAAGCCGGAGAAAUUCUUAAAUCUGAGGCAUCGGCACUGAAGGAUGAAUUAGAAAGCCAAAUGAAAUCUGGCAAGAAUGAAGUAGAGGAAGCUAAGAGUGUUAUCGAAUCGGCGGUGACAGCAGUCACCUCGGAAGCAGAACAUCUUGAACAAAAGACUGAAGAAGUGGUCAAAACUCUUUCUCAAACCUUGGAAGAAACAGUUUCUGAUUUGAAACAGACAACCGAACGUGUUGUGGCAGAAACCAAGGAGACCGUUGCCAGCAAAGCAGAGGAAAUUAAAGAAUCGGUGACUUCCGAAGUCACCGAAACUAUUUCACAGACUAAAGAUGCACUCGAAAAGCAAGUCACCUCGGUGACUGAGGAAGCCUCCAGCAAGCUGGAAGAAAUCAAAGACCAAAGCCAGGAAUUGACGAAAAUCGUAUCCGAAAGUGUUGUUGAAAAGGUUGCAGAGACCAAAUCCAAGGUCGAGGAAUUGAAGGAAUCAGUUACGGCCUCCAUCGAGGAAGCCAUUGAAGAAGUAACGGAAUUGAAAAAAGAAGCCGUGGAAGAACUUAAGAUGGCUGUGGUCUCAACAGCGGAAGCAAUUACCGAGAAGACAUCUUCGACUGUCGAGGAUGUCAAGACCACAAAGGCAUCUGUUAUUGAAACUGCUGCCACGGACAUUAAGGAUUCAGUGGCCGAGAAGGUCGAAGUUGUUGAAGAGAUUGUCAAAACCAAAGUUGAGACAUUGAGCCAAGAUAUGAAGUCAGCGACUAGUGAUUCCCUAGGAUUUACCACCGAACUUCGUGAAACCCACAUUACAACAAUGGAUGCAUCGCCCGACCUGAAGAUAACAGUGGUCGACAAGGACGAGCCCGUUUUGCAUGACAUCAAGGAAGAGGAAGAAGAACAUCGUACAAGCCCACCCUCCGAUGUAGCGCCUGUAUUGGGUGACGUUGCCGUACCCCGACCCGUAUCUCCACGGGAAGUUGAAGUUUUCAAGAUUGUAGCCGAUGUUGCCAAGGUUUUGAAAUCGGAGAAAGAUAUUACCGAGAUUAUUCCAGACUUUGACGAAAAAGAGCUGGAGGAGAAACUCAAAUCUGUGGAAGAACCUGAGGGUCCAACUGUUCAACGGAUGCUCGUCACGGCCAGCAGUGAAGACGGCGGAGAAGAGACGGAAAUAUGCCCCAAGGGCUCCAUUCAAUUUACACCAGCUCCCAUCGCAGAGGUGCCCAGCGAGAAGGACAAGCCCACCCUUGAAAAGGUUCCCAAGUCGGAAAUUGAGUCGGAAAAAUCAUCACCCGAACUAAAAUCCUCGGGACCUGCUUCAAUCGAAGAGAAAGACAAGAUCGAAGAGUCAGAAAAGGCCCAACUGCGAGGAAAGCGAGAUGUAAGUGGUCGCAAAGAAUCAACCUCCAGCAUGGAAUUGGAAUGGAGACGAGAAUCGGCCAUAAGUGCCUACAGUGAGAAGGAUUUGACCAAAGAUGAGGAUACUUUCGACAGCAAAGCCGACUUCUCGUCCAGUCCAUUCGAAGACAAGGACCGGCCAGAUUCGGCUGCCAGUCAGAUCUCAUCCAAGGACAAAGAAUUGCCACACGAAGUCGAAGAAACUGCAGCAAAGGAUAGCCGAAAAGAAUCACUGCUUUCCACAGCCGGAGAAGAGAUCAAGGAAGCAAUUGUUUCUCCCACUGUGUCGGUAGCCAGUGAAAAGGCUGCCAAAACUUCCGGUCGGGAAUCGGUCCUUUCGACAGCAGACAGCAAAGUUGAAGACAAAUCACCCACGCCAUCAGAUGCCAAGGAAUUAUCACGUCCUGCUUCCGAAGUUAGUGCCAAGGAGGACGACAGUACCGUGACAACGAAGGAGUCUGUGGCCGAAGACAAGGAUGUCAAAUCAACAGCCGAUCAGAAGGCAUCCUCCCGACCAGAAUCUGUAGUUUCCCAGGCAGAAAGCAAGGCUAGUGAGAAAUCUGCAGAAGUCCCCGAGGAAAAGGAAGUUUCACGCCCUGUGUCCGCUUCCAGCCAUGUCACAGACGCCGGCGAUUCGGUGUCCAGAAAAGAAUCAAUGAUUUCAACUACCGAAGAAAAGGCCUCUACAGAUGCCGCCUCCAGGAAAGAAUCAAUCGUUUCCGCUGCGGAUGAAAAGGCAGCAUCUCGGCCCGAAUCAGUAGUUUCACAAGCAGAGAGCAAAGCUAGUGAAAUAUCUGCGGCAACUGAAGAAAAAGAAACCUCACGCGCAGCCUCUGUCGCCAGCCAUGCUGACGCAACAGAUGUUGCUGACACCAUGUCCAGAAAAGAAUCGGUUAUCUCCGCUGCUGAAGAAAAGCCUGUGUCUAGACCAGAAUCAGUUGUGUCGCAAGCAGAAAGCAAAGUCAGCGAGAAGUCUGCAGGAUCCGUUGCUGAAGCUACAGAUGUUCUGUCCAGAAAAGAAUCUGUGAUUUCCACUGCUGAGGAAAAGUCACCCUCCAGACCAGAAUCAGCCAUCUCCCCAGCAGAAAGCAAGGCUAGUGAAAAAUCUAUUGUUUCCGAACAAAAGCAAGGUGAUUCUGAUGCCGUGUCUCGGAAGGAAUCUGUGAUUUCAAUAGCCGAUGAAAAACCAACAUCUAGGCCAGAAUCGGUUAUCUCACAAGCAGAAAGCAAAGCUAGUGAACCCAAAGAAGCUUCACGACCUACCUCUGCAGUCAGUCACGUUGAGGCCGAGGAAAAGAUUUCUUCGGAUGUUGCCUCAAGAAAAGAAUCAAUCGUUUCUGCCGCUGAAGAAAAACUAGCCUCUCGACCAGAAUCAGUUGUCUCCCAAGCAGAGAGCAAAACAAAUGAACAGAAAGAAGCAUCACGCCCGGCUUCGUCAGUCAGUCAGCCAGAGGUUGUUGAUGCCACAUCCCGAAAAGAGUCUGUGAUUUCAAGUACCGAGGAUAAGGGCUCUGCAGAUGCCGCCUCCAGGAAAGAAUCAAUAAUUUCCGCUGCCGAUGAGAAGAUGGCCUCUCGGCCAGAAUCAGUUGUUUCCCAGGCCGAAAGCAAAGCUAGUGAAAAGUCCGAACCCAAGGAGGAUGCAUCCAGAAAAGAAUCCGUUAUUUCUACCGCUGAUGAGAAACCAGUGUCAAGACCUGAAUCUGUUGCCUCCCAAGCGGAAAGCAAGGCUAGUGAAAAGUCAGCAGUAUCCGAGCAAAAGGAGGACACCAUGACCAGAAAAGAAUCCCUGAUCUCCGCUACUGAGGAGAAGACCACUUCCGCUGUGCCCUCAAGAAAAGAAUCAGUUGUUUCCACUGCCGAGGACAAGCCAAUAUCUAGACCAGAAUCAGUUGUUUCACAGGCCGAGAGCAAAGCCAGCGAAAAAUCAGCCGAACCCGAACAGAAGCAAGCUUCACGGCCCAGCUCUGUUACCAGCCAAGCUGAUGCUUCAGGUGUUCCUGACACCAUGUCUCGAAAAGAAUCUGUGAUGUCCACUGCCGAGGAGAAGACCCCUUCAGAUACUGCAUCGCGAAAGGAAUCCGUUGUCAGCGAAAAGCCAACAUCAAGACCAGAAUCAGUUGUUUCACAGGCCGAAAGCAAGGCAAGCGAAAAAUCUGUGGCAUCCGAACUGAAAGAAGACCACGCUGAUGACAUCUCCCGAAAGGAAUCAGUGAUUUCAUCCACUGGCGAAAAAGCCACUUCCGAUAUAGCCUCAAGAAAAGAAUCCAUGGUUUCCACGACGGAUGACAAGGCAACCUCCAGACCAGAAUCAGUUGUUUCACAAGCCGAUAGCAAGGCAAGCGAAAAAUCUGUUGCACCCGAGCAAAAAGAAGACGCGACGUCCAGAAAAGAAUCGCUAAUUUCAACCACUGGGGCAGAGAUAACAACCGACGUAACAUCGAGAAAAGAAUCUGUCGUUUCUAUUGCUGAUGAAAAACCGACCUCCAGGCCAGAAUCGGUUACCUCACAAGCCGAAAGCAAAGUAUCCGAACAAAAAGAAGCUUCCCGUCCUGUCUCUGUUGUCAGCCAUACCAGCGAGGUUGUUGAUACAACAUCCCGCAAAGAGUCUGUGAUAUCGGCAACUGAAGUUUCAGAGAUUGCCUCACGCAAAGAAUCCAUUACUUCUACGACUCAAGAAAAGCAAUCUUCGGAGGCUGGUGACGUGAUCUCCCGCAAAGAAUCUACAAUUUCUACAACCGUGGACCAAUCGACGACUUCAAGACCAGAAUCGGUGGUAUCACAGCCCGAUAGCAAGGCUGGUGAAAAGUCAGAUGAGAAGGUAGCCUCGACGAAGGAAGAGGAAAAAAUUAGCACUACCACAUCUAUUCUUGAUGCUGCCCACGAAUCAGCCGCUAAGAUCUCUUCGCUCAUAACCACCACAAUAUCAUCGACCAGCGAAAAACAAGAAAGCCUAGCAUCAGCCGUCUCCAGCUCUACAGAAAAACUAGAAUCGAUGGUUUCACAGACUGUAAGCAAGGCUAGUGAAAAGGCUGAGGAAAAGAUAGCCUCAACGAAGGAAGAGGAAAAGGUCGUAACAACCACAUCUAUUCUUGAUGCCGCCCAUGAAUCGGCCGCCAAGAUUUCCUCGAUUAUUACCACAACAAUCUCAUCGACCACCGGAACACAGCAAAGUGGCUCCACAGAAAGAUCAGAAUCGGUAGUUUCACAGGUCGAAAGCAAAGCUAGUGAAAAAUCUGAGGAAAAGGCUACCACACCACAAACAGAGGAAAAAGUUUCCACCACCACCACCUCAUCAGUUCUGGAUGCCGCCCAUGAGUCGGCCGCCAAGAUUUCCUCCCUUAUUACCACCACAGUCACAUCGACCAGCGAAAAACAAGAAAGCCUAGCAUCGGCCGUAUCCAGCUCCACAGAAAGCAAACAAAUCAUAACUGAGACAAGCCGUCUUUUGGCCAGUGAAGUGGCGAAGGCUUCCAGCGAAUCCCUGAAGAGCGUCAAGGUGGAAGUUGGUUCCCUACACGAGUCCGUCUCCAGCCAGGCAACAGACAAGGAAACCUCCAAGACCAUUGAAAGAGUAGAAUCUCUGACCCACGCUGAAGAUUCCCAAGCCUAUUCAGAGGAAUGCUCUUCCGAAUCGAUGGUUAGUGAAAUACAAACCUCGACUCAAACCAAACAAAAGUCAGAAAGCUCUUCGAUGUCAAUGGCCGAAACUUCGGUGAAGGAGAGCCUCAAGCAGACGGUUGAAGAAUUCCUGGCAACCGAAAAAAUCAUAUCCACCAAGGAAAGCAUGAGCACCCAGGAAGCACUCAAAUCGAAGGCCGGAACAUCGACAACCGUGACCACAACAUUCUCAGACAGUCGUCGUGCGUCCGGCUUGAGCCAGGCCAGCGAUGGACGCCAAACCCACAGUGAUGUUGAAGACGAAUCCGAGGAUGACGAGGAAAAGGCCCACAUCAAGGAGGGACGGUCCAAGUCAUUUGCCAAUAUAAUGACGACCAGCAUUUAUAAGCCAUCCGAACAGGUUAGCACUGCAGAAACUCUCGAAGAAGAGGAGACUUUGGAGGAGACCCUGUCACAAAUGAAGACUGCCUCAGUGCAAAUGUCCAUCAGCCAACAAAAGGCUCAGACGCUCACACAGAAAGAAUCGCUGACAUUGGCCCAGACCUAUGAACAUGAGUUGGCAGAUCGCAAAACACCACCCACAGCUCCAGUGAGUCCCGGUAUCAUUAAGACUACCACCACCACGACCACUGUCGGUGGUGGUGCAUCAGCCACAACUGGCACCAAGGUUGCCCUCACGGAGACCAUCACAACAACCACCACUUCGGCACAGGUCGCUCACACUGGACCCCUGUCGCCCAAGGAUAUUAGCGGCAAAUCAAGUCCAGGUGCAUUGACUUCAGAGAGCCAAUCGAUACCAACGCCCAUGGGUAGGGAAUCGCUGACUGAAACCCCUGAAUCCUCACCCAAGCCUACAUCACCCUUCCCCAGGGUAACCAAGGAGGAGCUCUCCUCAUCGACCGCCACAUUUGGCAGCACAGAACAGCAGGUCGAAUCCAGCACUGCAGCAACGGCCAUGUCCGCAAUGACCACAUCCAUGAUGCGCAAAGACUACGAAACCCUGCCCGACCUGCACGAGGUGCGUGGCAUCGAAAAGACAGCCGCACUCAGCGGCAGCACUGAGAAAAUCAUAACCACCACCAUCACCACAGUGACCAAGGUCAUCUCGGCCGAUGGCAAGGAAAUCGUUACGGAAGAAAAGACAAUCACCACCACAGACUCCACAGAUCCCGAGGGCGAAAAGGUCACGGUGACCACCACUCGCACCACCAGCGAAAGCGACAAGAGCGACGUGAUCCUGCCCAAAGAAGUAGCCAUGCUGCGAAGCAUGUACCGUUCUUCCACGCCCGGCAGCGAUGACACCAGCGACGACGAGGUGCCCGCCUCGCCACACUCGACCGGCUCGUUUGCCGGCGCCAGCAGCUACGAUCUACAGCGUUCCGGCUCGGGCAUAAGCAAACGUUCCGACUUUGAAAUCGACGAGAGCCAAGAUGACAUACCACCCCAGUACGAAGAAGUCUCUGCCGCCCGAUCAAUUACCUCCAGCAGUCACUUUGCCCACAAGAUUGUCGAUCCAAUGAGCACCUCAUUCUACGGAGCACUGCCAGACUCAUUCGAUACCAAACCAACCUCCGCCACACAGCCGAUAACCAUUCAGGGCGCCACUCAGCGCCUACAAGACUUUGCCGAAUCGCCCAUGUCCCAGUCCUCGGGUUCGGUGGACAGCACCCGCCACACGGGCGGAGAUAUUAAAUUCCUCGAGGAGGCGGAAAUGGGAUUCAAACAGGCGCUCAAGGAACACGUUGAGUUGCGGGGAGCCGACGUAAUGUCCUCGGUCACAGCUAAAUAUUCCUACUCGCCCUCGAAGGCCGAAGAGGUGGAGCAAACAGUGAGCAGUGCCGAACAACCCAAAUUCCCGCUGAGCAGCGUACAAAAACCCAAACUCUCCGAUGGAGCAACCACCACAAUGACCUCAGUGGAAACGACACAGGAUGGUGAUGGCAAGACCACCACCGUGACGACAACCACAACCACCAGCCAGACGACGGCCGGUGUGACCAGCCGCAUAACCGCCACAGAAACCACAACGUCCAGCCAGUCCAGUUCCUCGACCACAGCCAGCAGCGUUGACGACAAACUCAAGGAGUGGGGCAAACCAUUGGGCCUGCCCUCACCAGCUCCCAUGGCGGCCGAGGGCAGUGGUGACGUUCGCACCACACCUAAGAAGGAGCGACGACUGAUGGCCACAAAGACACGCCUGAACAAUGAGAAGAAUUUGCGCAAACGCUCCGAAUCGCCCAGCAAAGCCAAGAAGCCCUCACCCGUCUACGUGGACUUGACCUAUGUGCCACACAACGGCAAUUCGUACUACUCGCACGUGGAGUUCUUCAAGAGGGUGCGAGCUCGCUACUAUGUGUUCUCAGGUACCGAACCCAGCCGCCAGGUGUACGAUGCCUUGCUGGAGGCCAAGCAAACCUGGGAGGAUAAAGAAUUAGAGGUAACUAUCAUUCCCACCUAUGACACCGAUGUCCUGGGCUAUUGGGUGGCCGAAAACGAGGAGCUGCUUGCCAAAUAUCGCAUUGAUCUCUCGCCCUCGGCCUCACGGUGUACAAUAAAUCUCCAGGAUCACGAGACAUCUUGCUCCGCUUACCGUUUGGAGUUCUAGGCCACGGGGAUGUUUGUAGCGUUUUCGGAAAAUUAAGUUUCAAAAUUCAGUUAUCGUCGUGUACUAGAGACAACCAAAAUAAUACCAACAAACAACCAACCAACCAAACCAAAGCCAGUAGUAGUGUAAUACUCUCUCUUUAAAAGAAAACAAAAUUAAGAACAACAACAACAACUCUCAUACUCACAACCAAAAAAAAAAAGGCUGCUGAUGGCUUACGAAGACAAAACCAAAAGCUUUACUCACGACGGCGGAGCGGAGACGAAGGCAAAGCUUUUUUUCGUAAUUACUCAGUUACUCAGACUCAGAUACCCAGGCAAGCCAAUAAAGCUUUUGGCGUGAUAACAAAAGCUCUAUUGUUGCCGGCUGCAGUUGCAGGUGCGAAGCUCACAGGUCCUUUUUUGAAUUUCAAUUUUGAAUUUAUUGUAAAACGAAUAAGGCGGGGUUUUAUGGCGGGCCGAAUAGCGUGCAGCUCGUUUUUCUUUCCUCACGGAUCGCUUAUUUGUUUGUUUGCGUUUUAUUUGUGCCAGAGGCCAAACAGACGAGAGAAGAAGAAGAAGAAAACGAACAGCAGACAACUUAAGGCUUAGAUUAUUUUCAUUUUGGAUUUAAGAAUUUUGAGUUUUCGAUUUUCAUUUCCAAAAAAGAAAGAAAGAAAAAAACUAUAAAACAAAUAGAGCAGGGGCAAACCAAAAAAAAAAAAACAAAAUGAAUAAAUAAAAGUGAAAAGAAAACAGAAAAACGAAACUAUUUUCAUGUAGUCACUUAGUAAGGUAAUUUAAACUACAAUAAUAAUAACAACAACAAAAAAACUCAUUUUCAAAUGUUAAAAAAAAUAAUAAACCAAAAAUAA